CUGUUAAAUAACGCCGAACAGAAACUGCAAUUCCAGCAACGUAAUUAACACAACAGGAUAUACCUGUUAAUACAAGAUUAGGAUGCUAAAAUAGACCAGUCCUAGCUUCAGGAGAUGUUAUAUAUUUUUCAGCUAUAACAUUUAUACUUAUAUAUGAGGGCAAAUGAUAUUUUUUAAUUCACGAAUUCGUGUAUUCAUUCACUGAUUUCGUCCUUAACAUUUUUCUACAAAAAAGCCAUUGAACUGAUUAGUGCAAAAUACAAACAUAAAUUCACAAAAUUAAGGGAUAACAUAAGAAAUAACGUCUUACGUCCAAAAGGGUCUUUUAUGUCUUUGGCAUUACCAUGCUAUACUACAAAAACAAAUGACAUCAUAAUUAAAUACACAUUAAAACAAACAAUAGUCUUAGACAUGCAACGAUAUAUACAAAUCUCGCUCUGCCCAUACACACUACCAAUUCACGUAAUCCGACAGCUCGAUGCAAGACACAGUCUACGUUUAAUAUACCGUUAAUACAAGAACAAUAACAAACACUAUGAACAGAGAUACCAAGAAAAUAAGGCUAAAAAAUUAACCUUUUGAGGGGACAGAGCAGACUCCGAGGGGAUCUGAUCCAAGUACUCUCGAAAGACAUUUAAUCCCAACCCAGUGGAAUCGAUCAAUAGGUACAGAGAACCUCAAACCAGCGGACAAUAAAUGGAAACAACUCUGUAAAACUGGAUUUAAAACCGAGAACAGGAGAUGCUUCUUUACACUUUACCCAGCCAGCCAUGUGAAGCCGGUACACUUGCUUCGCUAGUCUAACAGUUGUGUGAAUAACUUUAAAUUAGAUACUAUAACCAGCACGGGUCCUUGUUUCUAAACCCUGUGUUCUUUUGUUUUCAAUUUUUUAUUUCUUGUUUGCUUGUUAUGAGUCUUUUUCAACCAGUUAAACAAUUUUGUAAACGUAAUGUCAAGAGUAUUGAUAAGAAGAUGAAGCCGAAUUGUACCCUAUUGGAGCAUUGCUGGCCCGCUACUCCACCUGCUCCUUUGUGCAAACCGGGCGAGGUCCUGGAAGAGUGAAGUCACGUGAUACAGAUGGGAGGUGGACAAAUUUGCGAGCGGUGCGCACAGCUACUGAAGGAUUUCGUUGCUUUUGUGAGACGAAUGUCGGCUGAUCUUGCGCAGAAAGUCAGGGACUGUAUAACGGCUAUUUCGGAGUGUUGCUGCCUGCAGAGAGAGGCUACAGGGAUCGGGAAACUGUACAAACCUGUACUCCGGCAGCACGAAAGAAAGGCAGCACAGGAGUUCCUGCAGCACCUGGACACAGGUACUGAAAUACCACUCCUGGAUAGCAAAUGUCUGCAGGCCCUGAAGACUUUAGCAGUUUCUGAAAACUCUGACUUGCAGCGGUCAGCCGCAAUCUACUAUUUACACAUUAGUCAACAGUUGAAAACCCCUUUGCCCACAGAGUUUCUGGAGCCUUACAAUGCGUUGUUGCAGUCUAGCGAUCUGGAGGUGCAGAGAAUCGCUUCCCUUUCUCUUGUCAAUCUUCUGGUGGAGGAGAACGUGAACAAAGAGCUGGUUGUUGAGCUGGACAUGGUGGAUCCUAUCUUGGAACUGCUCCAGUCUGGUGAUCAUACAGUGCAGUGCAACUCCUGUGCAUGUGUGGCCACAUUGGCAACUUCAGAUUCAAACAGAGAAGCGAUUGUGUCUGCUGGUGGAGUAUUGCCAGUUCUCGUUCUCACAAAGUCUUAUGACCCAAGAGUCCAGCAGAAUGCUGUUGGGGCCAUUCUGAACCUCACCAGAUCAGAGAGCUCUUUAAGUGUGCUGUGUCGAGAAGGUGCUCUUCCUGUGUUGGCACUCCUCCUGCAGUCUGCCGACUCAGAGAUUCAGUACUACAGCUGCUCUGCUCUAACUAACAUUGCUACCAAGCCAGAGUACCACCGUACCAUGCUGCAGAUAGGGGACUGUUUCCUGCUCAAAGCCCUGCUUUCUCUCAUGUCUUCAAGCGUUCAGAAGAAUUCCUGUCAAGCUUGCAGGUGCCUCACGAACUUGUGUGUGAAAGUCUGGCUUUUAUGUAGUGUUUCUGUCUGGGUCUCCCUCAUGCCAGUGAGCACACAGGAGGAGCUGGUGUCUCUGGGCUGUGUCCCUCGGCUCAGAGACAUGCUCCAGUCCUCCACAGAGCCUGUGGCAGAGGCUGCCGUCACAUUGCUCUGUGCCUUGUCAGAGACCUCACCCAACAGGGAAGUCAUAGUGGAAGAGGGUCUUUUGAAGACUCUUGGAGAGCUACUUCUUCAUCACAAAACCAACUCUACUGUCCUGAGUCACAGUGCCAUCACAAUACACAACCUGAGUCUCAGUGACAAUGCUCAGGUUGUGAUUGACAGUGGGUGUUUGAACGGAUUGCUUCAGGCCCUUGUUUCUGCUGAUACAGGAGAAGCCCUACUUUGUGUGACUGCAUGUUUAAAUAAAUUCAUAAGAAUAGAAUUACUGAAAUCGCACAUAUGUGAGAAACUGACUGCUGAAUAUAUCUCACGUCUGAAGAGUUUGGAGGUUCAGAAGGAAAAUGAUGAACUUUCCCUCAAUUCGGCAUCCAUUAUCAGACAGCUGGAGUUACAAGAGGAGACCUAAAACCAAAACUGACUUCCCUGACAAUCCAGAAGAGAAUACAUUGCUGAUUAGUGGUGAUUACCACAACAUGAAACACUUUUUUCAACUCCUUGUUUUUAUUCUUUGUUUUAUUGUAGUAUUAUUAAUUAACAAACCCUGCACAUUUUCUAUUAAAGAGAA